AUGUCUCACAACCAACAUGAAAUACAGGGGCGUAUCGAACUGAUGAUAUUCAUAUAUCUGUUGUGUGUACAGUACUUCCUGCUCGGCAUAUACAAUGUCUUCUUCCACCCCUUACGCCAUUACCCGGGGCCGCUUCUCUGGCGGUUCAGCCCGGUACCCAAGAACAUUCACAUGCUUGUGGGCAACUACGCCGCCAAAGCACGCGAAAUCCACAAGACGUACCCAGGAGCCGUCCGCGUCGCUCCCAACGAGCUCUCCUACAUCCAGCCACAGGCAUGGAAAGACAUCAUGGGCCGCCCCCUCCGGUCCGAGAUGCCCAAGGACCUGCGCUACUUCGGCGGCGAGAACUUUGGUCGCGACAGCAUCGUAACGACCCGGCCGGCUGACCACACGCGUCAGCGCCGCAUCUUCACCCACGCCUUCUCUAACACGGCCCUCAAGGCCCAGGAGCCGCUGCUGGCGUCCUACGCCGACCAGAUGGUCGAGGCCAUGGGCCGCCAUGACCGCCGCGGACGGGUCAACAUCGUGGACCUGUACAACUUCUGCACCUUUGACAUCAUGGCCGACCUCACCUUUGGCGAGCCGUUGCUGCUCCUCCAGAACGGCGCAUACAUCCCCUGGGUCCACAAUCUCUUCGCCGGGCUCAAGUUCGUCAUCUGGGGCGUCGUGCUCCUCGAGAUCCCCCUGCUGGGCCCGCUGGUCCAGGCCGUCACGGCGGCGCCGCUGAAGAAAAAGGCCCAGGAGCACACCGACUACGCGGGCCGCCUCGUCGACCGCCGCCUCGCCGAGGCGAACCACGCGAAGCCCGACAUCUGGAGCUUCGUCCUGCGUCGGAGCGGGGACGGCGCAGGAGUAGACGGUGACGACGGCGACACCAAAGGUCUCAGUGUCAGGGAGAUGCACGCCAACGCCGCCGUCUUCAUGGUCGCCGGCACCGAGACGACGGCGACGGUGCUCUCCGGGACGACCUUCCACCUGCUGCGGAACCCGCGUGCGUACGGCCUGCUGACGAGGGAGAUCCGCGGGCGAUUCGCGCGGGCCGAGGACAUCCGCGUCGACGGGCUCGUCGGGCUCGAGUACCUGCAGGCCGUGCUGAUGGAGGGGCUAAGGCUGUAUAAUCCGGCCGGCGCCGGGUUGCCGCGGAUCGUCCCGAAGGGCGGGGCCGAGAUCUGCGGCAACGUGGUUCCCCAAGGCACCCUCGUGUCAGUCAACCCGUACGUCGCCUUCACGCACCCGGACAACUGGGCCCGGCCGACCGAGUUCGUACCGGAGCGCUGGAUCCACCCAGAGGACCCGGAGUGGAAGGACGACAAGCGAGACGUCCACGAGCCGUUCUCGUACGGCCCGAGGAACUGUCUCGGGAAGAACCUCGCGUGGCUCGAGCUCCGCCUGCUCCUGGCGAAGACUCUCUGGCACUACGACAUGGAGCUGUGUCCCGGGAUGGAGGACUGGCUCGUGCAGAAGAGCUACAUCACGUGGGAGAAGGGGCCGUUGAUGGUGACGCUGAAACCCGUGGAAAGGGAUUGA